AUGGACGGAGGGCUCGAAAGUGUCACCAGCCUCCCUUCUUGUAAGAGAUACAUUGCAACACACGAUGCUAAUGGGAAGAGUGUCUAUGCCGACUCGCCACCACAACAGUACAUGCCAAUAGGAGAUGACGGUGGACUUGCCCGUUCAUACUCGGUCCCAGCUGUACCGGCCAAGCUGGAAAAUGACGUGGACGUGAAGGCGUAUUUGAGCAAAGAUGGAAUCACCAGCUGGACGCAACCAUCUAUCGUAACACCGGGCGGAGCGAAUCUGCUCGUCGUGGAUUUGAAGCCCGGCGCCAUGAGCAUGAUGCAUCAAACAGUCUCGAUCGACUUCUCCAUUUGUACCAUUGGCGAGAUUGACCACGAGCUUGACGGUGGUCAGAAAGUGCGAUUGAGGCCAGGGGACCACAUCGUCCAACGAGGAACAAUGCAUCGAUGGAUCAAUGCCUCCAAAACUGAGCCAGCGCGCUUCGUCGCCGUUGCUCUUUCUUGCGAGCCAUUUGAUAUUGCCGGCAAACAAUUGGAAGAGAUCCAUAUCCCAAAUUAG